GAAAAAGGUAGUAAAAACAAAAGAAGGUGAUGGGGGAGAGACAGAAUGUGUAAUGAUUUGAAGAGAGGAUCAGAAGCUCGUGAUGAGAAUUAUCCCUCUUUGCAGGUUUCCAACAGCGGCAGAUCAGCCCAACCAAAGGAAUUUCAUUCUACCUAUCUCACCUCUUUCUCUCUCUUCCUUAUUUUCUCGUGAUCUUCUUCUUCUUCUUCAUUUCACCUCCACCUCCACCUCCACCUCCCCUCCUAUAAAAUACAAUUCCAUAUUCAGCUCACUCAACCCUUUUAUCAUUAUUCCCCUUUUUCCCUACCAUACUCCCCCAACCCCAACCCCAACCCCAACUAUCAUUUCAUUUCAGUUCCCAUAUAUAUAAACAAACAAAUUAAUUAGGAACUAUAUUAUUAAUAAUUAAUUAAUAUGGAACAAGUGGUUAAUAAUAAUAAUAAUAAUAACAAUAGUGGUAAUGGAGUAAGACACUAUGUUAGAUCCAAAAAUCCUCGUUUGAAAUGGACUCCUGAACUUCACCGUUGCUUUAUUCAUGCCAUUGAACGCCUUGGUGGCAAACACAAGGCGACGCCAAAGCUUGUUCUUCAGGUGAUGGAUGUUAGAGGGAUUACAAUUUCUCAUGUCAAAAGUCAUCUCCAGAUGUAUAGAAGCAUGAAGAAUGAUCUCACUACACAAGGAGACAAGAGCUUAAACCAGGAAAGGAAACAAGCUUUUGAGAAUCAUCAUAACUACAACAGUAAUAAUGCAAGUACUGCUUGUAAUUAUAUUAUUGAGGAAGAAGAAAAAGAAAAUGAAGAUGUGGGGUUACAUUUAUCUUCUCCAAAUAUUACUAAUCAUCUUCUUCAACCAACACCCUUCCCUCCUUCUAAAAGGUCAAGGAUGGGGAUGAUGAUGAUGAUGAUGAGAGAGAAAAUGGAAAGCAGGCAACGGCAGAGGAUGGGAAUAAUGAGUGAAGAAAAGGAAGGAGGGACGAAAGAUCCAAAAAUGUACUGCUUGAUUGAUGAUUACAAAAGUCAGCUGGAGUCAAUUUAUAAUAAUCUCAAGGGUGAGACAAAAACAGGAGUAGGCCAUGGAAGAAUGAUACUAAAAGAUGAUCACAAUCAGACUCAGAAUCGGAAUAAUAAUAAUAAUAAUAAUAAUAAUAAUAAUAAUAAUAAUAAUAAUAAUAAUAAUAUUAUUAAUAAUAAUAAUCACGAAGAAGAAGAAGAAGAAGAAGAAGAAGAAGAAUAUGAAAGUAGUGGUUUAUUGGAAGAGAGUGGUCUGAAUAAUAUUAUCAGAUGGCAGCAUCAGCAGCAGCCUGAUUGUUUCCCCUUACUGCCAAUACUGCCUCCUCAGGAUCCUGUUUAUGAAUUCCAUCAUCUUCUUGCACUCCAAGAUCAUCAAUCCCACUUUCUUAACUUUCAGGAAGCCAUGUCAUAUGAACAAUUAUCUGACCAAAAGCAAGCUCAUUACUUUCACAACUCAAAGGCGGCAUUCGUUGCUUCUGGGAAGCCAAACAAAGAUGAAAACAACGAAGAUUAUGAAGAGUUAGCAGUUGGAAGGAGGAGAGAUGAGUGUGGGUUGUCAUUGUCUCUGUCCUUACAACAGGAGGCGUCGCCAUUGUUAAACCAUAGGAGCAGCAACGUUUCUUCAACUAAUGUUAGUGAAUUUGGUGAUCAGGCAGUUAGUUCAUACUCUUCUUCCUCUUCCACUGCGUGGGAUAAUCACCAACACUCUCUUAAUCUUGAUCUCUCUAUCUCUCUUCCUUUACGGUAACUAAUUAGAUUAAUGUCCUUUUAGGCAAUUUAGGUUCUUAAUUUUAGUAUUAUUAAUGUAUUUGUAAAAAUAUUAAUUAGUUGAUUUUAUUAAACUAUUAACUUGUCGGA